GCGGCCCCGCCCGGCUGUCAGCGGCCGCGCUGCAGGUUGAGCGCGGCGGCUGCAGAUGAGCCGAGCCCGUGCGCGGGCGGGGCGGGGGGGGGCGGCCGGGGCAGCGCCGCCGGGACCGGGACCGGGGCCAGGACCAGGACCAGGACCGGGUUUGGGGUUGGGACCGGGCUCGGGACCGGGCUCGGCGCACUAUGCGAGGCCGGGAGGAUGGCGGUGGAAGGAGAGCCGUAGGAGUCCACGGUGUGACAACCAGCCACACAGCCACCCCCUGUGCAUAACUCAGGCUAUCCAUUGCAAUCUGAAUCCAAAUGGUAUUGAUCACCCUGUCCCCACAGAAGGCAUUAAUCUGCAACUUGAAGGUGAAGGAGGUGAAUCGCCCUCUGCGAAGAACACCAGUGCUCCGAAAGGGCCCGAGUCAAAAGAGACCCCCAAAAAGCAACAAGUGGAACCAGAAAUAUCUAAAUCUGGGACUGUGAAGCUGACCAAGCCUGUGGCAUUAUGGACCCAGCAGGAUGUCUGCAAAUGGCUGAAGAAACAUUGCCCUAAUCAGUAUCAAAUCUACAGUGAGUCAUUCAAACAGCAUGACAUAACUGGUCGUGCUUUGCUGAGACUUACUGACAAAAAGCUUGAACGAAUGGGCAUUGCCCAGGAAAGCCUGCGACAGCACAUUCUGCAGCAAGUCCUUCAGCUGAAGGUGAGAGAAGAAGUCCGAAACCUCCAGCUGCUUACACAAGCCCCAGCAGAGAGCUCUCCGUAAACAUUUCCAGCCUCUAAAGCUGCUGUCCUGCCACUUGAUAUGAAAGUGAACUUUCCUUUGUGAAAAAAAAAAAAAAACAUAAUAAAUGGCACUGCCAAGAGGUGACCAUGGAGGACUGAAGGCAAACCUGAAGUAAACGCAGCCCACUCAAGAUGAUGCAUUCUGGGAAGACCUGGUUUGCUGCAGAGUAAAGAUGUGGUGCAUAAUAUCCAGUGCUAAUUUGUUCAAAAUGGUCAUUGACAGACCUUUAGCUGGAAAAUUUCUUCCAGUUUUCAUCACUGUGCAUAACUUUGAGUUCCCUGUAGGGGACUGUCUAUGCCCUUCACUAGAAGUCCUGUUUUAGCAUGGCAACUACUGGAUUCUUUUAUUAUGUAUGCAGAUGGCAUGAUGUUUUAGGAAAAACUUACAGCAAUUCUCCAAUCUCAGUGGAUAUGUUCACAAUAUUACACCCCUGAUAGGAAUGUAAACGUCUUGUAUAUGUUAGUUUUGCAGUCUAAUGGUAUUCUGUUAAACGAUAUCAGCACUUCAUACGUGCUUUCCACACAGAAAUAGCACAGCCCAUAUAUAUAACGGUCUUUUUUAAAAAAUACUGAGGAUACGUUUCAGUCUUUGUGCUGAGACUGCAUCCAAACUGAAGUCCACUACUAGCAUACCUUCACUGAUUCACAGUAGAUUGUGUAGAUAGAUUUGCACGUGGCAGAGGUGUGACAUUUUAUUGAGACUUACAGAAUGGCUGUCACAGAGGUAGCCAAGAACAGGGUAAGGUUGAACGAGCUGUAGGACACUGUGUCUGCUCUCCCUCCCAUCCACCAGAUGUCAAAGGUUCUCAUUUUCUAGCUUGCCAAUGAGUUUUCUUACUCAGUGAGGGAGAGGAGAGGGAGAGCACCUUUCUCAGAGAUGUGUUUGACCCUGGGUUUGGUCUACAAUAAAAGCAGAACAAACUGGAAGAAUUCAGGUUCUUUAUGCUGGCGACCAUUUACGUUUUGGGAAGGACUGGGGAGUCACAGUCCAAACCAAACUCUCUGAAAAAGGUAAAGUGUAAGACUAUACUUCUAAGGAGCAAGACACUCCCUCUGGAGAGGGCAGACUUCUUUGUUAACUUUUUCCACUUUCUAUCCAAAACAGUACUUUGGUAGGAAAUAGGAAUAAGCAAAUGGUUCUAAUAAGCCUUUCAAUAUACUGUAGCAGGCUCAAGACUGUUGCAUUCAAUCUGAGCGUUGUUUUGUGUUCAGUCUCUGAAUGGCUGGCCUCAUCACUGGCUGUAUCACAGCUGGCUGUGGUACUGUUUUUUCCACGGGGACUUAGUGGAAUUAACGUCUGUCCCUGACAUCAGGACCUUCCUGACAUAUUAUUUAUAAUGAACUGAUGUCAUCAGUGUAUGGAGGAGGCUUACCUAUUUGUUCCUUCUUUCUUUAAAAUCAAAGGUAGCUUUUUGUGUAUUUAAAGACCAUCAUUCUCUCCAGCCUGAUAGACAGGUACUGUGGAGUUGCCAUUAGUGUGUAUGCCAAACCGUGGGUGAGAUGCCAUAGGGGUGUGAGGAUUCAGUGAUCGAGAGAAGGAGCAACUAUAUCAAGGCCAAGGGACGUUUUAGGAGUAGGUUCCUGUGUUAUAAUAUUUAGCUAUUGUACAGUUCAUUGCUAGAGAAUGCAAGGUCAACCACUGAGGGUGCCUGUACAACCAACAGAUAAAUGUAUUUGGGGUGUAAUUUUUUUCAGAUGGGCGGGGGUUUUGUUACGCCUCUCCACCCAUCUCAGAUUCAGCAUGCUGAAUGCUUCUUUACUGUUCAAUCCAGAAGGAAAAUAUUUUUAUUGACAGCCAAGAUUUUCAGAAGCUGCUAGUGGUUUCUAAUGGCUUGGGUCUUUCCAUGGGUUUUCAAUGGAGCUCCCAAAGUUAUAAAGCAGCGAGCUUUAUAUUUUCUUUCUGAAAAUCCUGGCGCCUAAUUUUAAAUUAAUUGGUGUACAAGUUCUCCUUAAGACAUAAGGAUCUUUGCCAACAGCAGCAUUUGCACUUUUUAGAGCUUCUCAUAGCGUAGCAGGUUGGAAUCUGAUCCUUGUUAAGAGAAGUGGCCGUGAGCCCUGCAGAAUUCCAUUGUAAGCUUCAGUAAAUUUUACAGCUCUUUCUGCUACAGAUUUUAAAAAUGCACUCUGGCAACUGACAUCAAUUUCAUGUCGGUAGAGCAAUUAAAAAAGAAACAACUUGGAUAUAAAUUACUUUUAAAAGGAGAAUGCUAUGCUUCUGCAGUAGGGAUUCUCUUAUUAUAUUACAUCCAAUGAAACAAAUCUGUAAUAAUUUGAAUGAUAAAAGGAGUGUUUAUCUUUAAAAAAAGAAGAGUGUUAUCUUAAAAGGGCGUAUGAGACAAAGUUGAGUUAGGCAAAGAGCCACUAGAAGCAUUUUUUGUAUCAAUGUUAGUUUUGAACAUCUUCCAGUAUAUGGGCAUGAAUUUAGAUGUGUGCACUUCUCCUGUUAAAACAGUUUGUUUUAAAAGCUUCCCAGGAUUUUAGCUACGGUGAUCUAGAAACGCAGUGUUAUAGGCCCUGAGAAAUGUGAAAACAAAGUCCAGACCCUUUGUGUAGCCAAACUCAGUGAGAACUCUGCUGUAGGUGCCCAUCAGACAAAGCUCGUUGGACAGUGGCGUAGGUCUCCAUCCUACAGACAGCCUGUGCAUGUGGAUAACUCCAAACGUGAGCAAGAAUAGUUCCCCCGAGCCCCGCAACACUCCUCACGUGUCUAACUGUCUGAAGGAGCCAUAAGGAAAUAACUGUACUUUUUGGCUUGUAUUUAACUAUUCAUCAUGUUUGGAUUUUUUUUUUUUUUUAAUCGCUGUUAUUCUCCCAAAGUAGGCCAUGCUUCCUCAGGGAUAUUUAUGAAAUUGUUCUGCAUCUACUGAACAACUAUCUGGAUCCCAGCGUAUUCUUCUGAAAAGUUUUUAAUAUAAAUAAACAUGUGGGAGAAAUUUUUUGUUAUUAUGAAUGGGGGCAGGUACUGUGUUCUCGGAAAGGCUAUUGAGUGCAGACAAUCAAGUCUAUUGCAUUUUUUAUGCUGAACACCUUAUUAAUAGCAGACACAUCCGCUUUUGCCUGGGUCGCAAGAACGGUUCUGUGGAAAGAAUGCUUUAUCUCUAGUCAAUAAAUCAUUUAUGUCGAGAGUGCCAAAGACCAAGUCAACAUGAAAGGGAGCGAAUAAGUUAUUCCGGCAAAGGAAGUGAAUUUAAAUACGCUCAGAGCCAUUAGUUCUGUGCAAAAGAGCUGGAGACUAAUGCUAUUUUAAUAAAACAGCAAUUAUCAGCCCUGUGGAGAUAGAUAUAUUCACAAAGGCCAGUGCUCCCGUUACGCUGAUCGCUGGUUAUUAGCUCUGAAACACGGGUGGCUCCCCGCAGCCCCGUGGUCAGGGUGCUGCUCCUGGCGGCAGACCUGCAGCCUUGCUGCCUCUGGGUGCCCGUCCCGGCCAUGUCUUCCCCGCUGUCUUUGUGCACGGAAGGAUGAUGCAGCAUCAGCCCCAACAAGAAACCUGGGCAGAGACUCAGCCAUCCUCAGUGCUUCAAAUUUUGUGAAGGCCAACACCUGAAAUGAGAGGAAUUGCUCACCCGAAACAAAUACGUGCUGCAGCUCAAAACAUCCUUUGCGCUGUUUCAUUCCUGGUUUGUUUGUUUUUUACAUCUGCAUGGCUUUCUCUGCCUGAAUACCCCGUCGUUUAUUCUGUUAAGGAGCUUCAGGAGGGAAGGCUGCAGCAGCUCUGCGAGCUCUUUGGCUUUGCCAACCUGUCUGCAUCGCCGUGUCCUGGCGGUGGGUUCGUGCCUGGCUGCCCACUUCUGUUACUCGACAGCCAGACCAAAAGCAGCUGCAGUGUCGUUGAGGAAAUCAAACCAUUAAAAAUGACAAAAUUCUUUUUUUUUGUUUUGUUUGAAUUUUCAGAAGUCCUCAGGGCAGGCCCCCAGCAGACCUGCAUUGGCACUGCUCCAUCGCUGUCCCCGGAGAUCUGUUGAUUAAUGCCAGCUGUGGAGCCCGUCCGGGGGUGAUUUUUUUUUUUGCUAUAACUAAAACUGACCUCCCUCCACCCUUCAUGAAGCCACAAGAUCUCAAUUAUUCAAAAUUGUUUCAGGCAAGCAAAGUAAAAACCUGCAUUUUUCACCCCGGUCCCCUUUUAACAAAUAACAUCUCCGCAAUCUGAAUCUCCUUGAAAGGCCCUGCUACAAGACUGUGGCGUGAUUGACCCUGGUAUAAAUAGACUGGUCAAUAAGAUUUUAAUUUAAAAAGAAAAGGCCCUCUAUUAUAAUUAAAAUUGAUGGUUGGGGGGGGGAAGUAUUACCAGCAUUACCUGCAGUCUCCUAUAGUAAAAUUCAGGAAAGCACUCUGCAGUGCAAAAAAAGCCACCGACGUAAUGUAUGGGGGAUUAGGCAGGCUCAUGAGUAUAAAUCAGCAAGUAAGCAAGUAAAUGUUUGAUGAGGAAAGCCAAAAAUGUAUGGGAAGUCAGUGGCCAGUAGGUUAGGGCUAGCAAGACCAAACGCUUCACAUGCAUCCUAAUAAAUACAGUUGUGGCAAAGCAGAGUCUGAUGUGAGAUACGGCGUGGUGAUUACUCACAGGACAUGCAAAAACCAACAAAUAUUCUUGUUUUGUAUUUGAGAGUGGUAGAAUGAGGGAGUCAGAUUGCACAUUAAAAUGUAAUUCCUCCUACUCCGUCAGUAAUUAUGGGUAAUAUUAAGCAGCGACUAUCCAAACAUAUUCUUAAAUUUGCAGAACCAAAUAACCAAAUUCAAAAGUGUAGGAAAACUUGCCUAGGAUUUAUCAGAGCUCAAAAGCACAAAAGAAGCUUUAAAUAACAAACACACACAAAACAAUAACUGAAAAGAAUGAGUGACCUGACCCAGAAAACUAUCGGCUCAUUAGCCUCCUAUUUUCCUAUUUUCCUUUGGGAAAAUCAUGGAAAGGUUGAUGUGACACAAAUCAUUGCAGCAAUUAAAAAUUGAUAAACCCCUCCAAAUGAUUAUUUAUAGAAAUGCAUUGUGUCAAGUAAACUUCCUAUCAUUUUCUCGUGAUAUCAAAGGCUUGUUGAUAAAAGAAACUCUGCAGAUGCACAAUGCUUAGCCUGCUAUCGAUCAUUUGUUUCUGAUAACAAAAUAGCACUAUGCAAAAUCAGUAUAGCCCAUAGUAAGUGGAUUAAAGCCGAUUACAUGCUAGAUCACAAAAAAUGGCUGUAAAUAUUAAAUUAUCAUCAGCGAGACUAUUUCUAAUGAGCUCCUCCCAAGGUAUGUUCUAUUUUCAAUAUUCCUCCCAGGGAAAUAGAAAGUUACUGGUGGCAACACCAAGAGAUCACCAAAAAGAGGUGCAUGGUAUGAGAUGAUGAUGAACCUGGAGUACUGCAAAUGCAGAAAUCCAGAAGGGGAGAAGGAGAGUCACACCUGGGGGCAUCUGGAGUAGGGUAGCUGUGAAGGUCUGGCAAAUAAUCCAUUCAAUAUCAACCCCACAGAUGUGCUUGCCAGCUGGGAAAAUGUAAUCUCGAAGGAAGAGAGUCAGUAGGACUUGGAGGAGAUUUAGGAUCUGGCAAUGGUGACACUGUAAUGGAGCCAGUUUGUGCCCAUCUUCCAAAAAGGAUAUUGACAACUUGGAAAGAUUAUUUUCUAAAGCUCCCAGUGUCAUUCAAGGGCAGGAAAACAGGUCUUAUUAUAGUGCCAGACUAAUGAAGCUCAAGCUAUUAAUUUAUCAGAGACAAUUUGAAGAGGUGACUUGAUCUGUCUGCAAUCACAAUCUGCUACCUGCGUGGGGAAGCGCUGUCUGAAGGCAGGUAGCUCUUUUAUUUGGAGGAAAAGGGAGUGAUGUGCUCUACUGGUUGGGAACAGAUCAGGCUAGAAAUUAAGUGCAAACGCUCGACAGGGAGGAUAAUUACCCAUAGAGACAACUUACUUAGUUACCUGGCACGUUCUCCAUCACAUGAAGUCUUUAAAUAUAUGCAGAGUAUUUUUCUAAGUCAAUAAGCUCUACCUCAAACAGGAAUUUAGGCUCAGUUCAGCAGUCACUGGAUGAGGUUAUUAGGUGUGUGUUAUACAAGAGAUCAGGCUAGAUCAUCAGAUGCAAACUUCUGAAUUAAAAUAUCUCAAAGUUUCCGAUAUUACAUGAAGGCAGGCCCACCUAUAUUCAUUUUUUUCACACAAAAUUGACUUGAACAAAGAGCCCUGAACUAAACUGAACUUGCCAGCAUUUGGUAGGAGCUGCACUAGAUCUCCUCGCAGUUGCAAGGUUGUUCUGCCUGUAAUUAAAGGAAGAGAACUGGACAAGAAAGGACAACAAAAACCCUUGGGCACACAGAAUAACCCUGAUGUCUCUCAUUAAUAGCAGCCUGGGACAAAAUCACGCACUCAAGCGAUCGGUGUGAGCACGGAAGGAGAGCUGUGGCUUUGCCUCUUAACCAAGGAGGCGGCAUCGUGGUGGCAAGAAGCAGCUUCUCCUGUGUUCAGUGGCAAGUAGAGAAGCCAAAGUGCUGGUUGAGGAUUAUAUUGUACUGCUUUGCAGCUGAACGAGGUGCGUGAGUUCCUUGCUUCAACGCCAGCAAACUGCCUGCUCUCCCGACGGGCCCCGCUGGAGCCGGCUAAUGAAGGAAGCGAAACGACUUCGGUGGGACGACCCCGAGUAACAAGAGCUGGUUGCAGUUGGCUGUUCUGAAUAUUGCACCUUGGAAAUAAGCAAAGAGAGUGCUUGGGUUCUGGCUCAGGUCUCACAGAGCUGCUGCCGGUAGGUACGAGGCAAGCGUGAAGCCAAGAGCCACCUUCCAGAGCUGUGCUGUGGCAAAUGGCACGAAAUGGGAUGCAUGUUUUAAAGAGUAAACAGUUCGCGCAGGCAAGAGAAACCAUAAAAGCAAUACUUACUGCAAAUUGGUAUUGAAUCAAUAUCACGAAGCGGAGACGAGAAGGGAGCUGGCUACUGACAGAGCUAAGAAGAUAAAGAUCUUCGGGGAUUCUCGCUCUAAUCCAGUGUGAAAUCCUAAGAAAAUGAGUUUGGGCUAGAUUUAUUGUGUAAAGAACACCGGUACGUCCUGGCUGCCCAUCAAAUGAGCUCCGUGGAGCCACCGGUUAUGUGCACGAGUGUCCCCUUGCAGCGGGGACGGACAGACGGCCCCCGGAGGCACGGCCGAGGUCAGGCUGGGCAGGGAAGGAAGCUGAUCCUGCAGACGGCUGUACCAUGUCCGCUUCUCCCCCAAAAGUGGGAUUUGGGGCAUUAUUAUAACACGUCCAGGCUUAGGCAGAAUGAAAUGAAAAGCUCCUUUCUGAUUUGAAUUCCAAAUCUAUCUAAAUACCUUUGCUGAAAAGAAAAAAAAAAUCCUCUGUAGCUGUUGUUACAUCUCUAAUCACAUUACUUCUAUUAAGCACUUGCCUUGAAUUCAUCUAUUUGAUAUCAUGUCACCAAAUUAAAUAGCGAUAUACAGUUUUUUUUUUUUUUUUAAAGCAGGGAGAUCAAUAUUGCAGCAAAACCGCAUGUAAGCAAUAAAAAGCUGCGCAGAGGAAAAAAAAAAAAAAUCUGCCCAUCAGAUGCUGAGGGGACUUGUUUGUUUUGUUUUGUCUAUGGAGAGCUCGGGUUUACAUCCAGACAGAGGUUUUUCCCUACUGCGGCAGGCUCUGGUCUCAAGACUAGUCCAAACAGAUGCUUGGAUCCCUCUUACUGCUUCAUCCAUGUUCCUCGUGUGCAGGGGGCUCCUUCUCCGCCUGGCUCCUGGGAGAGGCAAGAAAGAGAUCGAGUGGCCUCCAGCGCGGUGGAGAGGCCACGGAGGGAUACGAGCUUCCAGACUAUGCAAAGCAUCUCAGCCUGAGACAGAUCUCAUCCUUCUCCCCACUAAGCUCAGCUCCACGGAUGGAGGAGAGGAACCCAAAGACCUCCACCAGGCUGUCAGGCCUGGUGCAUUUUUCACUGGGGUCAGGUUGCUCAAAGCCACCUGGCAGGGUUGGGAUGCGCUUGGCUUUGUCCUUGGUUUCUUGUAGGGAUUGAAAUAAACAGACCUGCCUCACAGUUACUCCUUUUCCACAUCUAAGUAUGGGUAAGAUGAGGGUGAUAGCUGCCUGACCCUACGAUCAGUCUCACACCGUGUCAGCCAGAAAAGUGGCCUCCAGCUUUGGGUUCCUCCAUCCUGGGGAGCUGAAUUUGAGGUUGGCUGAACCUGUCCUUGAGGAGGGCAGGUAAUUUACGGGUGGAACUGAAGCCACAUCUGCGUUGUCUCCAAAGGCUGCCCCAAAUCCAUGGCCUGCAUGCAGCUGGGGAUGGACACAAGCUGCGGGAGCUGAGGGGGAGGUUGGGAUCGAGUUCCUGGGGUUGAGUUACUGGGAAAUACACCGGGGUGAGCCAGGAGAGCUGCUGAGGAGCCUGGUGUAGGAAGGGAUGAGUGCGGUGCCCUGGCCAUGCUGUGUCUGGGCCAGCUGCCCUUGGGUUCAGUUCUGAGUUACGCUCACCAGGGAGAUGCUCUGAGGCUGUAACCUCCUUUUGAUGUUAACUUGGUUGAAAAUCUAGGAGAAUGCCAGCACUCGAGUGGUUAAAACACGACGCACUGUUACUCCCUGUCCACCUACGAGGGAGCAUUUUAAAGACAGAGCCAAACGAGGUGGUAACACAGAAGCGUGCCUUUUUGUUUGAGGUGCACUGCGCUUCCCCAGGCAUCCAGGUGUUCAUCUGUAUAGCAGUGCUUCUUUUCCCAAACCAGAAAUUAUCAUGCAAUCUAAUUUUUAGUACAGAAAGCGGCCAUCACUGUUAAUUCCACCCCACGGUUUUUAUAUUUGCGAUUAAAUUCCUUCUGUUUUCGAAAAUCAACAGAAAAUACAACCCGGGUGGGAGGGAGGAAUUCUUAUAAAUGAUGAAAUUAAAAUCAAUAUCAAGUUUUUGGUAUCUUUGGGCAUGAUCUCUGGAAGCUUUGGAUAUCUGCUUUAUCAUUUUGUAUAUUUGACAAUUUUGUACUCUGCAUUGUUUGACUUCAUUUGUGCAUGGCAAUGUAUUAAAACAUGGAAUUUUUAUUAUACAGUAAAAGCAUUUUGUUUGAUUUAAA